CUUCCUCUUGCCUGAAGGUCACACACGCGCACACUAACCAAGACGAUGGCGUUUAACCAAAUCUAUGCCAUUGAAGAGCUUCUUCGAGGUCAUGAGUCCGCAAAAAAGUUGCAGAAACUCGUCAACCAACCUGAUCUCGACUCUAUCACCAAGGAAGAUCUCGUCUCAGAAAUUCUCGAGUCCUUUGAAAAUACACUUGCCUGUUAUGAUGGCCACAAAUCCUCUGAAGACUCAACAGAAAGUAUUAGGAGUAAGAUGCGUCAGGAUAGGAGAGGCUCCUGCGAGAGAAGAGAGAGUCCACAUGUUUGGACUACGGAGGCAGUUGCUUUGGUUGAUGAUGGAUUUGCUUGGAGAAAGUAUGGACAAAAAGAUAUCCUCAAAGCCAACCAUCCCAGGAGCUACUUUAGGUGUACGCACAAGACUGAUCAAAAGUGCCAAGCAACCAAGCAAGUGCAAAAGAUUAGAGACGAUCCUCCACUGUAUCGAACCACGUAUUACGGGCAUCACACCUGCAAAAACUUUCUUAACGCUAAUCAUUUAGUCAAUGAAUCCAUUCAGCUCGGUUUUAGUAUCACCAAUGACAGUAUCAAACGAGAUCAUACUCCAUUUUCUAUUUCCUUUCCCAGUAGUUCGUCAUUAAAAAAUGAAUGCAAACAAGAGGUAUUGACAACAAACAACCAGUUAUCUUCAUCUUCGUCCAAUUAUCUUCUGUCUCCCGAUAUCACCACAUUUGAAUCGUGCAUGCCGAGCACUCAUCACAGUUUGGAGAUGGAUGUUAUGGGGAAAUCUAUAUCUGUUGGAUUUGAUGAGGUUUUCCCAUUUGAAUUUUGAUGAUGUUUCUCCUAUAUAUAUAUAUAUAUAUUUCUCCACAGUAGAAUAUAUAUUUCUCCACAGUAGAAUAUAUAUUAGUGGUUUCCUUGUUUACAAUUCAAUACUGUUUCCCGAAGCAGUAGUUAGCUACCUCCUUGAUGGGUGUGUGUAAUACAUUCCUGUUAUUGUAUGUCAUAUCAAAUUUGUAA